AACCCUGCCCUAGUACUUCGGCCGCCAUCCACAUCGCGGCGGGAGCUCCAGCGACGAUCCAGCUCCGCAUUUCUUCCAUGCGGUGAAUUGAGGGCUGCCGCGGCAUGGAUCUCCCCAGGAGCCCCAGGCGAUUGAAGAGCAGCAGGGUUCCACUGCGAUCGCUCGCUCGGGUGGCUUGUGUCGCGGCCGGCGUCCAGUUUGGGUGGGCGCUCCAGCUCUCUUUGCUCACGCCUUACGUCCAGGAGCUCGGGAUUCCUCACACUUUCGCGAGCUACAUAUGGCUGUGUGGGCCGAUCUCUGGAAUGCUGGUCCAGCCCAUCGUCGGCUACUACAGCGACAACUGCGAGAGCAAGUAUGGGAGGAGGAGGCCUUUCAUCCUCCUCGGCGCGGUGUCCGUCGUCAUCGCCGUGGUGAUCAUCUCUUUCGCGGCGGACUUGGGCUUCGUGCUUGGCGACUCGGGGAAGUCUAGGCCGCGAGCCAUCGUGGUCUUCAUCCUCGGGUUUUGGCUGCUCGAUCUCGCCAACAACACUCUCCAGGGGCCUUGUAGAGCGCUCCUCGCCGACUUCACAGGAAAGGAUCAACGGAGAACGAGACGAGCGAAUGCGUUCUUCUCGCUUUUCAUUGCUCUCGGGAACAUUCUGGGAUUUGCAGCAGGCUCCUACAACAGCUGGCCGAGCCUGUUUCCUUUCACGAAAACGAAGGCCUGCGAGCUACCGUGUGCCAACCUCAAGUCGGCGUUUUUGCUGGACAUCAUCAUACUGCUCAUUACGACAGCGCUGAGCGUUACUGCAGCGGCAGAGAUUCCAUGGUUGCCUCUCACAGCGGGAGAGAAGUUUGGCAUCACAACGCCGCAGACGCCUUUGCUGCCAGACCAGGAGAAUGGUAGCGGCAAGACGACGACGGCGACGACUCCAAGCACCUCGGUAGCUCGUGUGAAUCCGGAUGACGAGGAAGAGGAGGAGGAAGAAGAAGAGCCCGUCCAGGAGGCUUUUAUAUGGGAACUUCUGGGGACGUUUAAGGAACUUCCACGACCAAUGUGGUAUAUCAUGGCGGUGACGGCCUUAACCUGGUUCGCCUGGUUCCCUUUUCUACUCUUCGACACGGACUGGAUGGGACGGGAAGUUUACAGGGGAGAACCGAACUCCUCGAACAGGCUGCUCGCUUAUUUGUACGAUACGGGUGUUCGAACGGGGUCUCUCGGUCUGAUGCUCAACUCAGUGGUCCUGGGAUUGACUUCGCUCUUGAUAGAACCAUCUUGCCGGAGGAUGGGAGCAAGCAAUGUCUGGGGGAUCGCCAACGUGAUUAUGUCGAUAUGUUUCGCUCUCACAGUGCUCAUAACGCUUGCUGCUGAAAGGACCUCCGGGGAUGGACCAAGGCAGCCUCCGAAGUCCGUGAGAGCCGCUGCACUUGCCGUUUUCGCUGUGCUUGGAGCACCUCUAGCAGUCACGUAUAGCGUCCCUUAUGCUCUGACCGCGACAUUUACGAGCUCCAUCGGUGGUGGUCAAGGCUUGUCCAUGGGAGUACUUAACUUGGCAGUCGUGCUACCUCAGGUGAUGAUCUCGUUGGGAAGCGGUCCCUGGGAUGCUCUCUUCGGCGGAGGAAACAUGCCUUCUUUCCUCUUGGCCGCUGCGGCAGCACUUCUUGGCGGAAUUCUGGCGAUUGGAUUGCUCCCGCGUCCCCCGCCUGAGUUCCGUCCGACUGGUCUCAUGCGUACCCGGAGCUCUCCCAUUCCGUAAGUUCUUUCCGUUGUUGUGAGUUUGUUUUGUACAGUCGUGCUCGAGCACAAUAAGAAUUGUUUGAUGCAAGCUUUAUCAUCAUUUGAGUCCA